CCAAACGCUAACAUUCAUCACAUUUUGUUUUUAUCGUUUAUCGUGAUGUGUUGCCAUACGAACUAAUGUCACAGUGCUCUUUCGUGACAGGAGAGUUUGUAUCAUAUACUUGGACUACUGAAGUUACUGGAGCCGUGUCUGUGCGCCUGGCUAGUUUUGUGGAAGCUAGAUGAGAUACAAGAUCGUGAUUAGUGGGUAAAGAAGGUCUUUACAGGAGAAGUGGAAUAGACAGUUUCUAUUAUAAGAAAAUGAACUUGAGAUAAUUGUACUAUGGAUCUGCUAUCGUUUUGACAAUACAGUGAUUUUCAAAAGGAGUGAAAGCAGAGAUUUAACUCAAGGGGCAGUAUGGUAAAGUUGGCCAUAACUUGUUGAGUUUUAUGUCUAUCAGCAAAAAUAAUUUUGAUUUACUGUUAACACCAAAGGAGACUUAUUGUGGAUUAUCUUUAUAGCCUAUUCCUGUAUGCGUACUAUUCUAGUAUAAGAACGAAAAAAUAACCUUUUUUGUAGUUAUCUUACACGACCAUGAUGAAUAAUAGGACUUUCAAAGUCAUACUGCUCACGAUCAUAUCUCUUGGUCUUGCUUUCGUACUACUUCUGAACGAAGCGAUCUCGAAGCUACGCCAAUCAAAACACCAGUCAUGUAGCAUAACUUUUGACUUGGGUACCUGCCCCUGCAAAAGGACCUUGGAGGCACCUCUCAGUCAUCCUUGUUCAUGGAAUACAACUUCUUCUCAAAAGGCUCUCGAACAUUUGGAGAAAACCUACGGGAAAUCGACUUGUGGCAGCUGGGCAUCUCUUAGAGGACCUAAUCAAAGGGUAGUGAGCUACUCUGUUUACGGUACCUUUCCAAGUGACUACUACAGUGGACUUGAAAUUCUCAUUCCUGAAGUAACGAAAACUUACCCUGGCUGGAGUGUCCGGGUUUACCAUAGUCUUAACAUGUCAGACUUAGCCUACACGAGCUGGAUGUGCGAGUUGGCAUGCAAGUACCCGCAUCUGGAUCUGUGUCAUACACACUACUUACCAGUUUUAGGUAACAUAAGUAGAGCAACAGCGCGAGCAUGGAGGUUCGCUGUGAUGGGGGACCCAUUAGUGGACUGGUACGUGGUUCGUGAUGUAGACUCUCCCAUACUGCAGAGGGAAGUGGACGCUGUCAAGAUGUGGCUCUCAUCUGGCACUUGUUUCCAUGUGAUGCGAGACCACCAAUUCCACGGAGUUCCAAUGUUGGCAGGAACUUGGGGUGGCUGUGGCAUGUGGCAUGAAAAAGAAAUCCGAUCUAUAAGGGACACAAUUUUAAGAACUGCUUUUUUGUAUACAGAAGACCAGACAGCACUAACAAACAAUCUUUGGCAAUUAGCAAAGAGUAACUUGACAGCCCACGACUCCUAUACUUGCAUGCGCUUUCCUGGCUCGAAGCCGUUUCCUUCGCAGAGAGUGAACCACACUUACAUCGGUGAGAAGUCUUACAUGAAAAUGUUCGAAAGAAUUCCAGCUGAAGAAUGCCCAGUAACAUGUCGGCCAUCGGAACACCCCGACUGGUUGUAUUGUUGAACAACAUUUUUGUUGGUUUGUUUUGUUAUAGAAAAAAUGCUUUGUACCUUCAUAAUUCGACAGAGUCAACCAAAGUAUGAUGUUUCUCAUUACGAGCUAAUAUAGAAAGAUAUAAAUUAAAUUUGUACAGAAAAAAUAAUGGUUUUGAGUGUUUACACAUUUCAGCAUCGUAAAGCUAAGCAAAAUUACAAAUAACGAGUAUUUUUUCCACAAAUACCAAUAUGGGAAAAUGAAAGUGCAUUGAUGCAUUAUUAGUUAGAAUUGAGAACGUCACCAGGUUUAGUCCUUCUCAGUUACUAUAAUCAAUUCACAGCACCCAUGCAUUUGCUGUCCAACCCCGUCUGUUUCGAUGCUCCUGAUGGACUAGUGAUGAGCCAGUCACAGGGGUGGAAACUGACCAGUUCACCAGUAACUUUCCAGCGCUCAGAAAGUACACAUCUCCGCUCCGACCUCUUCUGACUAGCAUGUCUUCCAAAAUAAUAACUUUCAUUACACCUCAGUUUUAGCAUAAGAAAAAAGUAGUGUUUCCCAAAUUCAUCACUAAACAUCGUCAAGCCAAUUAUAUGCCAAAAUAUUUAUUGUGAAAUAAACAUGAAAUUUGUAAUAUAAAAUAUAUUCUUUCA